AUGGGUCGCCGUAAGCUCUCGGAACAAGAAAAGGCAGAAAGAGUCAUUCAGGAGCGGGAUCGAGGAAGACAACGCCGGUUGAAUGCCCGCCAAAACACCGAGACACACAACACUGAUAUCCGCCCUCACCACACAACCACACCCACGAGCAAUGCACCUAUAGAAAUUAUAUCCGAAGACCUGUUAGAUAGCGAAACGAUCUUGCGAACGGAUACCUCUCCACGACCGGAAGCGCCACUACGAUCGAUCGACGAGCAGGCAUCAUCACUAUCAUCAUGUCUCAACCCUAUUCGCGUCUCGGUCGCGUGUGGUGCAACACUUACCAGUGGGCAAAUCGCGACUGGACAAGACGAGGUGGAAGAGAUCCUCUCGGCAGUCGAAGCACCAGAGUCGCGUGCGUUUCCACAAUAUGAUGAUGAAGGAAAUUCUAUUAGACCUGGCCGUCCACAGAUAGACCCCGCCGUGUCGCCGCGUGAGCGAACGCGUGCCCGCGUCCAACGACGUCGCGACCAGCAGCACCUCACAAGGGCACAGCAGAUCGUCCAAUGGUUUGCCGACUCGCAAGAUCCCCCGCCUACCUUGGAGUUCUCUGCCUUGACCUUGCGCGAUGGCCCGGCCCCUUCGUCGGUUCCUGACGAGGCUGUGGAAGACGGCGAGGGCGAUGGCAGAUCGGAGAGCUUCGGCUUUGACAACGAUGUCGCGUUAGGUCCGACGUCCCCAACGCCUCCAGCACCUCCUGCCUCUACUCAGCGGGACAGUCAACCACCCCGGCGUAGAAGCUCUCUCCCGUCUACGCCGACCUUCCCGGUGUCGCCCGAUGCAGCUGCAGUAUCUUCUUCACUCGGUACAGACGAUCCAGUCCUCAGUGGCUUCCUCGAGGCAAUCCGCCAACAAGACACAGCCGGCGGCCCCGACUUUCUACUCGCACAGAGCGACGCGUAUGACCAGAUACUCCGGAAAUUCUUCAGCCAUCGAUGUGACUGUCCAGAACCACGCGCGCGUGAAGAGCCGGAACAUACCUCCACCCUUCCCGAAUACGUCCAACACAUCAGCCGUGCUCUUCCUCCCUUGCCUAACAUCUUUGCGGGACGCGAUGAGGCCUGCGAUCUCCGUGCUUCCUUCCCACAAUGGCAGAGCUUCCUCUCCGACCAGCCGGCCGAGCCGCUGUCCUUCCGCAAGACACAGGCCUCGCUGUCCCAAGACGCCGUGACCAUCGCGCGACAGUGGGAUGUCGACAGUGUCUGGUUCGGGGCUAGGAGCCUGUCAGCCAUCCGAGCCCCCAAUCAGUUUCGACUCUCCUUCUUCUCACCUCACACGAGUAACAUCUCCACCGCUCAAGUGAUACAGCCUCAUGGCCUGGACCUGGCACAUACGCGUCACACCACCAUCGGCACCUUUACCACCGCCGGCGUCCGCUUCUCCGUCUUGAUGUUCUUCCCUAGCGGAGCCCCUUCGCAAACACGAGCCUCCGCCAACAGCCUCUCCCUCGCACGAUUCAGGGAUCUCUAUGAUGAGAUCAUCCUCCCGGCCGUCCGCGAAACUGUCCCUAUCCACGUGCGACAGGAAAUCCCCGGUUCAUACGACCUGAUCUACGCGAAGUCGCGCGCCUAUCAGGAAAAGCCAGGUGCUGGUCGCUGGAGCGCCGAAGACGAGAGUCGAUUGUAUCGUCUGGCAUACGGCAUCCCAGCCAGUGUCCUCCCGCAGUUCUGGGCGGCAGUUGUGAGGAACGCGAAUCGGCAUCGGGUCCAGAGCAAGAAGGGGGACGCAGUUCCCUACUUCCAAAACCCCCGUCUCCUCUUUCAAGCCCACGAUCUGAAGAACAUGUUCGCGUCGGAGAGCCUUCAAGACAGCUUGGGUCUGUUUCGGGAUAGUAUAUUAGCUGGCCUCGACCCGAGCCAGAUCGACAUGCACUCUUGCUGGCUAGAUGUGGGCAUGCGAGAUUAUGUCCGCAUGCCGCCCACGUCGUCGAACAGCGAGAGCCAAAAUCACCAUUAUUACCAUGAACCGUGGACGCUUCUUUGGAAGAGCGACUGCUGCCGUCAUCUCCACGACCAGGUAGUCGGUGUAGCCCCAGAAGCUCCGAUGGAGGCUACUUACUAUCGGCCCUACCUUCUCCGGGAUAUAGGCGGAUACUACGUGAGGGCGAAGUCGACUCGGAAAUCGAACCCUGGCUACCCAGAAGCUAGGUUACCCGGCGUCAUUCGGGCCAAGGCGUACAACUGUAGCAAGGAGCUAUUCGGCGUCAUGUUCAGCGAUUACUAG